AUGGGAGACUCGGGGCGCGAUGCGAAGUUCUUCCAGCGCGGUCGAGCGCAAGAGCUCAAGGCCGAGUUGAAUGAUGACAAGAAGGACAAGGGCUGGGUCAAGAAGAAGGCUGCUCUUAAAAAGGUCAUCGCCAAUGCCACCAUGGGCAAUGACAUGAGCAGCCUCUUCCCGGACAUGGUAGCCUGCAUGAAUAUUCAGGUGCUGGACAUCAAAAAGAUGGUCUACCUCUACCUCAUCAACUACGGCCGCGUACGGCAGGACCUCAUCCACACCACCAUCCCUGGCUUCCUGUCUGACUGCAACGACCGUAACCCGCUGAUCCGCGCGCUGGCCAUCAGGACCAUGUCGUACAUCCAGGUGCCCGUCUUGAUCAGUGCGCUGAUCGACCCGCUGCGACAGUCCCUUAAAGACGCAGAUCCGUACGUGCGCAAGACUGCGGCAAUCUGCGUGGCAAAGCUGUACAUGUAUGAAAAGCGCAUGGUCGACAAACAUGGCUUCAUCGGCAUGCUGCGCGAUCUUCUCGCGGACUCCAACCCGACAGUCGUCGCCAAUUCCGUGGCGGCGCUCACGGAAAUCAGCGAGCGCAGCGACAACAUUCAGCUCAAACUCAAUCUCACUGUUGCGAGCAAGCUUGUCAGCGCGCUGCAAGAGUGCUCCGAGUGGGGACAGGUCUACAUUCUCGAGUCGCUCCUGUUCUUCGUGCCUUCUGACUUUGCCGAUGCAGAGAUUCUGGCGGAGCGCGUCGCGGUACGGUUGUCACACUCCAACUCAGCGGUCGUCCUCACCGCUGCCAAGGUGAUCCUCUAUCUCAUGAACUACAUUUCCUCGAGCGAAUUCAAAGAAGGCCUCUGCAAGAAACUAUCGCCGCCUCUGAUCACACUCCUAUCGUCCGGCCCAGAGGUGCAGUACGUGGCGUUACGAAACAUCCUCCUCAUCAUCCAACGCCGCCCGAUCGUCUUGCGCAACGAUGUUAAAGUCUUCUUUUGCAAGUACAACGAUCCGAUUUACGUCAAGAUGGCCAAGCUGGAGAUCAUGUAUCGCCUCACGACCGAGAAGAAUGUCUCGCAAGUACUGGCAGAGCUGAAAGAGUACGCCUCGGAAGUCGACGUCGACUUUGUGCGGAAAGCAGUGCGCUCGAUCGGGCGCCUAGCCAUCAAGAUCGAACCGGCGGCGGAUCGAUGUAUCAACGCGCUGGUCUCGCUGAUCCAGACCAAGGUCAACUACGUGGUGCAAGAGGCAAUCGUAGUGAUCAAGGACAUAUUCCGCAAACACCCCAACCGAUACGAGAGCGUCAUCGCUAUCCUUUGCGAGAACCUUGACAGCCUGGACCAAUCUGAGGCGAAAGCAGCGAUGAUCUGGAUCAUCGGGCAGUAUGCUGAUCGGAUAGAGAACAGCGAUGAGCUGCUUGAAGACUUUCUCUACUCCUUCCUCGAGGAACCGGUGGAGGUACAGCUGGCGCUGCUCACUGCGACCGUCAAGCUCUUCCUCAAGCGUCCCGCAGCGGGCGGGGAACUUGUUCCCAAGGUGCUCAAGUGGGCCACAGAGGAGGUGGACAACCCGGACUGCAGGGACCGGGGCUUCAUGUACUGGCGCCUGCUCUCGACCGACCCGGCAGCAGCAAGGGAAAUCGUCUUGGCAGACAAACCGCUAAUAAGCACUGAGACGGACCGCAUGGACCGCGUGCUACUCGAUCAGCUACUCCUGCAUGCCAGCACGCUCAGCAGCAUCUUUCAUAGGCAGCCGCAAACAUUCAUCAGGAAUGCAAAAGCCAGGUACAUUCCGGAUUCGCCAGCUCUCGACGAAGGCGCGCGUCGAUACGCCAGCUCGCACAUCUACACGCGACCUACAGUGAAAGGGCCGAGUGUUCCGCGGGUAAUGCAACCUAGAUCAUCGUCGUCAGCGGUGCGAGCAGCCGGUGCCAGCGGUGCGGCUCUCGCCGCUGCCAAUGACGCACCCCCGAUAGGCGGCGCCGCCCAUCCGUCUCUCUCGCUACUGGAUACCGCUGCGUCAGCAGGGACCGGGGCCACCGCAGAAGGACGGGCGGUCCACGAGCAGGAGGACAGCGUGGAGAAUUCUGGAGUGCAGGGCCAUUCAGCGAACGUGUCACACGCCGAAGUCGACGGCCCGCCGUCACCUGCCGAGUCGGGGAUCGGGCCUGUCGCAUGGGCGCGGCACGAGCCAAAGUCUGCCUAUCGUCGAGACAGCGUUGAGUCGAUGGGAGGCAAGGCGAAUGGCACUGAUGUAACAGGUGCUGCUACUGGAGGCAGCGGCGAAGAUCCGUACGCAAUGCUAGGCGAUGAUUUCGGUGGAGGCGGGGGUUACGCUGCAGAUCAGCCUGUGCCCAAGUUGAGCGCUCUGGAUGAAUUGCUCAUGUAA